AUGCCACAUGGCAGAGGCACCUCCGCCCCCGUGGUCAAGCCACAUCAUUUGCUCAAGGUUCCAUCCACAAAAGGCCCAGAGCAUCGAUUUACGGAACGAAGGAUGGUAGAACUCAGCAAACUUGCGACAGGGUUGUUAACUACCAGCGUGUACGAUUAUCUCAUCAACCUCCCUGAUGAGGGCGAGGAAAAGUAUUCAUAUUAUGUUACGAGGACUCUGAUGAUCGACACAGCGCAGUUCAAAUCCGGCCUGGACGUCAAAGCUUGCACAAAGCUUCUCACUGCAAUCAAUGCUUUUCAAUCAGCAGAGGUGAUGUUUUCGGAGUCUUUGUCUUCGGCAUCGGUUUUAUCCGUCACAUUGUUAUUGGUGAUGUUUGUUCCUUCGAUUGAAGUGAUGCAAUUGGACGUACCGGGAAUUACGGGCUGCGUGAAGAGUCGGGCUUCGUCAAUCAUGUUUGCAACGUAUCUUGUCAUUAUUGGGAUCGAGUUAGUUAUCCUGGUGCUGAUCCUCACGCAGGCCCUACGGACGCUCAAUCAGUCGCAUUGCCGGCUCCUCAAGACUAUGAUGCACGACGGUAGUCAACAACUCUAUCUGACAUAUACUUAUAUUAACAACAUCGAGACAGGGAAGCUAUUCGGAUAUGUUCAACAUAUAUCAAACAGUCUUCCACACGAUUCUUGCUUCGCGCAUGCAGCUUCAUCUAACCAGGACGAGCAAACAAAAUUGCAGCCGUUCUCUGGAGAGUAUUGA